GCAGGGCUGCAGGAUCUCCGCGGGGCAGGGCUGCAGGAUUUCCGCAGGGCAGAGUCGGAGUCCCGGAAGAGCCGCCGCGUGAUCGCCCUGGCAGGCGCAGGAGGAGGAUCCGGGGCGCGAUGGCUGCGGAGGGCCCUGCCACGCUUCCGGUCCAGGUGGCAGAACAUCCCAGAUUGCUGAAGCUAAAGGAAAUGUUCAAGACUAAGUUUGGCUCCAUCCCCAAGUUUUAUGUUCGAGCACCAGGAAGAGUCAACAUCAUAGGCGAGCAUAUAGAUUACUGUGGCUAUUCUGUUCUUCCAAUGGCUGUAGAACAAGAUAUGUUAAUAGCUGUGGAACCUGUGAAAACACACACUCUCCAACUGGCCAACACAAAUCCCUUGUAUCCGGACUUCAGCGCUAGUGCCAAUACCAUUCAGAUUGACAAAAGCAAGCCUCUGUGGCACAACUACUUCUUGUGCGGAUUUAAAGGCAUCCAGGAGCACUUUGGUCUUAGUGACCUGACGGGGAUGAACUGCCUGGUGGAUGGAAAUAUCCCACCAAGUUCUGGCCUGUCCAGCUCCAGUGCUCUGGUGUGUUGUGCUGGCUUAGUAACGCUCACAGUCCUGGGAAUGAAGCUGUCCAAGGUGGAACUUGCGGAGAUCUGUGCCAAGAGCGAGCGUUACAUUGGCACCGAAGGAGGAGGCAUGGACCAGUCCAUCUCAUUUCUUGCGGAGGAAGGAACUGCCAAGUUGAUAGAAUUUGGCCCUCUGAGGGCAACGGAUGUGAAGCUCCCAAGCGGAGCGGUGUUUGUGAUUGCCAACAGCUGUGUGGAGAUGAACAAGGCAGCGACUUCCCACUUCAACACCAGGGUGAUGGAGUGUCGGCUGGCCGCCAAGCUCCUGGCUAGGCACAAAAACUUGCAAUGGGACAAAGUCCUGCGGCUGGAGGAGGUGCAGGCCCAACUGGGGAUCAGCCUGGAAGAGAUGCUGUUGGUCACAGAGGACGCUCUUCACCCUGAGCCCUAUAGCCCUGAGGAGAUCUGCAGGUGCCUGGGAAUUAGCCUGGAGGAGCUUCGGACCCAGAUCCUGAGUCCAGACACUCAGGGUGUGCCGGCCUUCAAGCUCUACCAGCGGGCCAAGCACGUGUUCAGCGAGGCGGCCCGGGUGCUGCAGUUCAAGAAGAUCUGCGAGGACGGCCCCGAGGACGCAGUGGCGCUGCUGGGGGAGCUGAUGAACCAGAGCCACCGCAGCUGCCGGGACCUGUAUGAGUGCAGCUGCCCCGAGCUGGACCAGCUGGUAGACACCUGCAGGAGGUCCGGGGCACAGGGCUCGCGGCUCACCGGUGCGGGCUGGGGUGGCUGCACAGUGUCCCUGGUGCCAGCGGACGUGCUGCCCGCCUUCCUGGCCCGGGUGCGCGAAGCCUACUACCAGAGGAGCGGGCGCGGUGCGGCGCCCGGGCAGCACAGCCUGUUCGCAACCAAGCCUGGAGGCGGGGCUCUGGUUUUCCUGGACGCCUGAACAAUGUCAAAAAUCUCUGAGAAACUAUUCAGGGCAUUUAGGAACUGGCAGGACUGCCUAUGCCGCAGUAAAUUAAUCCUCUCUCUGUUUUAUAUUAUGAUGAAUGCUUGCUAUUAUCAAGAUGCAUUUCCAAAAAUGGUUGAAAGCCCUCUAUGCUUUAUAAUGAUUAUUUUUUCCGUCUUAAAGUAUGUUUUUGUUUUUUAAACCAAUAUGAGCCAAGGUUAAGCUUGGACAGAUGAUUUACUAAGAUUUAUUGGUUUGGGAUUUUAAGAUGAAUGGUAAAACACACUAAUACCUAGACUGGACUUGAAUUAAACACAGUGCCACAGUUAAAAGGA